UUCAUAUUACAUCUGCAAAAUGGUAUAUUUCGUAGCGAAGUAAACAAAUGAGUCAUUUUGAUUUUGAAUUGGGGGCUGAGAUAUGGAAUUGAUUACAGGAAUAUGAUACGAAUUUGAUUGUUUCAAACAUGUCAGUUUGGUAUGAAAUGGAUGACAAACAAAAAACAGAGAGAAAGAAAAAACUGUAUGACAUUCUAAACCAUCUUGGUUAUUCAAAGGUAUGUUGUAAUCAAAGAAUAAAAAUAUAUGAUAAUGCCAGUAGGUGCUUGGAGCGCGUUUCAAAUAGAAAUUGGUUCGUACCCGUUAAUGUCACCGUGCUUGGAAGCCGUGGUGAGGGUAUGGCUGUUGCUUUAGGAAGUGAUAUGGAUGUAUUAAUGCUUCAGCCAGCAGUAAAAUGUUUUGAAACGUUAUCUUUGACGUAUAAAGAGGAAAAUGAUAGAGACGUGGCCAUUUUCGAACUAAACUUUUCGGAUGUACCUGAAGGUUAUGCAAAAUUACAUCUUAAAACCCUGAAAGAUGCAUCACCAUACCCAUAUAGUAGAUUAGUUACACGCAUUAAAGGAGCAUUAACAAGUGAUGGUUUUUUGCAAAAUAACCAACGAAUCAUCGAAUCAAUAGAAAACGGCGGCCAAACUGUGAGACUGGAAGGAUGGCCAACUACACAUAAUAUGUACGGACAUAUCAAUGGCCCGGCACAACCGCUUCAAUACCCUUUACCUUGCCCAGAAAAAUAUCAACAAUAUCUCUCCAUAGAUUACGUAGCAGCUUUUCCAUGUGUAUAUCCGUCGUUAUUGAACGACUGGUUCGAAAGGGUUCGGGGUAAGUCCUGGCCCAGUUUAGAAACGUCGAUUAAAGUGAAGCAUUCAGACCUAUUUGUUGUACCUGUUGGAUUAGCUGAAAGUGAUGAGGAGGUUUUGCAAUGGAGGAUAUCGUUUACACUGGCUGAAAUAUUAUUGGUAAGGUCCUUUCACGAUGCACAGAUUAAAGCGUACGCUCUAAUGAAAAUGAUUUUGAAACAUGAACUGAAGCCUAUUUGUAUGAAUAUUACUUCAUACCAAAUUAAGAAUGUUCUCUUCUGGACAUCUGAAAAGAGGCAAAAUAUCCAGAAAAUUGAUUUCUAUGAACUUUUGUUGGAAGUGAUUACUUUUUUGAAAGAUUGUAUUGAAGCUAGGCAACUUCAGCAUUACUUUAUACCUUCACGAAAUUUGAUGCAUGUGAAUAUUUCCGAAGAGGAACGUAGCCGUUUGAUUGCAUUCCUCACUAAGAUUUCCUGGGACCCUUCAUAUGCUCUACAGCGUUGUCCGUUGAUAUGCAAUAUGUGCACUUUACCGACAGAUGAAGGAUUGGUUUUCAGAAAUAUGGUGGACGAACUCAUGGCAGCAUUUUUUGCAGUUGCACCUGAACAAUUUGAUGAAAUCGAGCAUUUACUUCAGGGAGCACAAUCAUCUAAGGAAUAUUUUGAUUUUUUUAUGAAACGUGUGCCAGCUAUUGUGAGGAAAAACAAUCCGUAUGGAUACUUUCAUUUGAUUUUAUCAAAAAGAGAUGAUGACAUUGACGAAAUUCUGAAUGAAGGUUGCAAAAAAGGGUACCAAGAACUAUGGAUUAAAUAAUAUACAUGUAUUUCAAUUACACAUUGAAACACUGAAGGUUUAUAAGUUUAAUUUGAGUAGACUUGAAUAGAGAUGUUAUUUUUCCGAUUUUUAAAGAUCGU